AUGUUCCCAAUUAUGGACCGUCAAUAUAAAGGAAUUUUUCAAUUAUUGUUACAUUUCAGAUGGACAUGGAUUGGGAUCUUGUCUGUGAAUAAUGAUAGUGGGGACAAGUUUGUACAAAAUGUGGUUCCCAUGUUUGCCCAGAGAGGGAUCUGCUCAGACUUUAUUGAAACAUUUCCAAUAAUCGAUUCAAAUAGCAUUGCUGAGUUGGUGGAAAUAGGACUUGGAAUGCAUCUGGUGGUUAUGAAAAGCACAGUUAAUGUAGUUCUAGUUCAUGGUGAAAUUUACGGAAUUAUAGUUCUGAGACUUCUUUCCACUAAUUUGAAAUCUGAAGAUGCAUCAUUGUGGAGAAAGGGUAAAAUCUGGAUUAUGACUGCUGAGAUGGAUUUCAUGUCACUUCCUUUUGUAAGGAAUAGUGACCUAGUCUUCCUCCAUGGUGCUCUGUCUUUUGCAAUUCACUCAGAGAAAGUAUUAGGAUUCCAGAAGUUUGUUCAGAUGAAGGACCCAAUCUUGGAAAAAGAAGAUACUUUUAUCAAGCUCUUCUGGGAAAGUGCCUUUGAAUGUUCCUUCUCCGUCUCUGUAAUGGAGGAUGAAAAUGUGAUUCCCUGCACUGGAAAGGAGAAACUGGAAGCUCUUCCUACAUCUGUGUUUGAAAUGGACAUGACUGGCCACAGCUACAGCAUUUAUAAUGCCAUCCAUGUGGUGGCACAUGCUUUGCAUGACUUCCAUUCAUCCAUGAUGGAAUAUAGAACUAGAGGACAUGAUGAUAAAUAUGUGGUUCAAAAGCUGUGGAAGCUCAACGAAUUUAUGAGACGGGUCUCAUUCAAUAAUAGUGCUGGACAAAAAAUAUCUUUCAACCAAAAUGGAGAAUUGGAGACUGGAUUUGAUAUUAUGAAUUGGAUCACAUUCCAAAAUCUAUCUUUUCUCAAAGUUAAAGUUGGAGGGAUAGACUCCAUGGAUUCCCAAGAGGCAUUAUUCACCAUUGAUAAAAAUGAUAUUGUAUGGCCGAGGAGGUUUAAACAAGUUCAGCCACUAUCUUUGUGUAAUAGCAAAUGCCAUUCAGGUUAUGUUAGAAGCAAGAUGGAAGGGAAGCCAUUUUGCUGCUAUGAUUGUUUACAAUGUCCACAUGGGAAGAUUUCCAACCAGGAAGACAUGGAUGAAUGCUUUCAAUGUCCAGAAGAUCAGUAUCCUAAUAAGAUGCAGGAUUUCUGUCUCCCAAAAAUUCUAACAUUUUUGAAGUAUGAAGAAACUUUGGGCACUAUAUUGGCCAGUUCUGCUCUGUUCUUUACUUUGGUCACAGCUGCAAUCCUCUGGAUCUUUAUUAGGCAUCAGGACACUCCCAUUGUCAAAGCCAACAACCGGAAUCUCACAUAUGCUCUCCUUGUUGCUCUCAUGUUGUCUUUUCUUUGUUCUUUAUUAUUCCUAGGAAAACCUGACAAGGUGACAUGUCUCCUUCGUCAAACAGCCUUUGGGAUCAUCUUUUCCAUGGCCAUUUCUUGUGUGUUGGCCAAAACCAUCGUUGUAGUUCUGGCUUUCAUGGCCACUAAGCCUGGGUCCAUGAUGAGCAGAUGGGUUGGGAAAAGACUUGUAUUUUUCAUAAUUUUGGGCUGUUGUUGUAUUCAAGGUAUUAUUUCCAUUAUAUGGGUGGCAACCUCUCCUCCAUUCCCAGAUGUUGACAUGAAUUCAGUGGUACAAGAAAUCAUUCUAGAGUGUAAUGAAGGAUCAGUCUUCAUGUUCUACUGUAUCUUGGGCUAUAUGGGCCUCCUUGCUAUUAUCAGCUUUACAGUAGCUUUCCUAGCCAGGAAUCUGCCUGAUGUUUUCAAUGAAGCCAAGUUUAUCACCUUCAGCAUGUUGGUCUUUUGUAGUGUUUGGUUGUCCUUUGUUCCAACAUAUCUGAGCACCAAGGGAAAAUAUAUGGUUGCUGUGGAGAUCUUCUCCAUUAUUGCUUCCAGUGUUGGGUUACUGGUUUGUAUCUUUUCUCCUAAAUGCUACAUCAUUGUGUUGAGGCCUGCUCUAAACAACAAAGAACAGCUAAGAAGACAAACCCACAGAAAAAUAUAA